UACCGCAGCACGAGACAGCAACACCUUUGACGCAAAGGACUACGAUCAUCCUGGUGAUAUCCCUGCUCCUGCCACCGCUGUACAGACAGAGGUUUCUCGGGACUUCGGCAGACAGCGCGGUCAUUCAGGAAUUCGCAGUUUUCGAAAAUUGUAGCACUCCUUUAUUUGGUUCUCCAGGCGGGAGCAGCGGCGGGAAGGAGAGCAAGGGACCCAAAAAGUCUUCCGCCAUUGGUACCGAGAGCAAGCGAGUGAGAGAGAGAGACUUCCAGCAGGAUGAGCCGACGGGGAUCCAUGGACUCGAGAUCACGAGAAGUGAAGGUGGUGCUUCUAGGAGAUACCGGAGUGGGGAAGUCCAGCCUGGUGCAUAGGUUCGUUACCAAUAACUUCAAGCCAUACAGCGAGAGCACGAUCGGGGCUUCGUUCAUGUCGAAGAUGAUCAUGGUGGACGGCUCGCCGAUGAAAUUUCAGAUCUGGGACACCGCGGGGCAGGAGAAGUACCACAGUCUGGCCCCAAUGUACUACCGGGGGGCGGGCGCCGCUAUCGUGGUGUACGAUAUCACAAAGAUGCACUCCUUCCGUACCUUGAAAGAGUGGAUAAACGAGCUGCAGGCACAGGGGCCGCAGGACAUCGCGAUCGCGGUUGCCGGGAACAAGCGCGACUUGGAAUCGCAGAGAGAGGUGGAGUCCUCGAUGGCCCAGGCGUACGCGGACGAGAUCGGUGCGAUGUUCGUGGAGACGUCUGCGAAGGACGCCACUCACGUGCAGGACAUGUUUGUCGAGCUCAGCAAACGCCUCCCGAAGCGGGAACCCUUGCCGCCGGCCUCGGGCGUGGAUCUCAAUCUCGACUCCUCUGGGGCGUCCUCCUCCUGCUGCUGAUGCCAUGAGGAAUACCCCCCUUCCCCCCCCUCCCCUUGUGCUGUGCCCCUUUUCAUCCGUACAACAGACGAAGCAGCAGGUCGCUUAGCUUUGUGGCGUAGGUUUUGGCUCCUCGAGCGGGAACACCUGACAGUCCCGAGGCUGCACGUCGUGCCGCUCUUCUCCGAGGGUGGUCUUCGGUGGCGGCAGCGCUCACGUCUGUCUUUUCUCCGUCCGUCUGUCCGUCCAUCAGCUUAUGUACAUACGCUAUCGAGUGUUGAGCUUGGUAGGCGCGGAGAUGUACGGCCGCGAGCGGGGAAGCGAAUGCGGUGGGGUUGGAAUCGUCGUCUGUUUGGUCGAGAGUGUGCUUGGCAUCCGCGACCAGCGUUUCUCCUCAUCGUUUCUGGGUGCCAUGUCCCAGGCGCCGAACAAGUAGUCCUGCUGGACUCCCUGCCCCCCAUCUUGGCGACUGUCAAGUCUAUUCCGUAUCGUCAUUAUUUAGUGCGCCGUGCAUUUUGCCCUUGCCUCCCGCCGAUCCCUCCCCAACGCGUUAAUCAUGGCGUUAAUCAUGGCGCUUUUUGUAUUUUGAUGGGACGCGCCGGCCGCUGCUGAGCAAAGCAUAUGCUUUGACCACAAGAUUUGUAUAAAAUUAAGUUGUUGCCCGGUUGUAUUGGUCUCAGCGACGGGAGGAGUGUGAGACGCUGGCUGCGGGACUGGUAGAUUUCUAGUUGGCGCCACCCGGGGCAGAAGGGUUCAGUAUUGUUGUGUGGGGGCAGGGAGGGGGGGCGGCGCCAUGUAUGUGUUUUUUGUUUGGUCCGAAAAGGCUGGCAUACGGAUGUUCUGUCGAGAAAGGACCUUUGACUCGAGGGGGCUUGCGAACCCUGCUUGUGGCAAGCUGUUGACUAGCUUUUUUGUGUUGACGUGACCGCUUUGUGUCAGACGACAGUUUUUUUUCCUGUGCUCACUUGAACCUGUCACCUGGCGCCUGUUGUAAGGGUAACAGGGUCUGGGAGCUUGAGAGUGACUCGGGAACCACGCGCUGAGACGCGUACAAAAUGUUGUGCUGUUUUGUUCGAAACCGCGAGCUUGUUUUGAGGUGAUACCCCGCUGGCUCCAACAGAGCGCUCUAAUAGUUUG